AUGGAUUCGAAGUCCCUAGUUCCCAUGCGCUACGAGCUUUUACCUCUGGGAAAUAUCAAGCCGCAAGGUUGGGUCAAAGACCAAUUGCAGCUUUCAGCAGACGGUCUGGGUGGCCAUUUGUUCAAAUUCUAUCGCUUCGUCAAAGAUAGCACCUGGAUGGGAGGAACCGAGGAAUAUAGUCCCUUGCGAGAAUCGGCUCCCUAUUGGUACAAUUACAUCGUGCCGCUGGCCUAUAGCCUCGACAAUGAGGAUCUGAAAGACCAGGCCAACAAGUUUCUCACUCGACUACUCGAUCAUCAGCAUGAAGAUGGUUGGAUCGGCCCCGAGACGACCAAUGCAACACGAGCUAUAUUGAGGUUUACCAAAUUGGCUCACUGUAUGCUAUCAGACAAUUUCACUGGAUUUAUUCCUACCGAUGGGGAUGAAUUCGACACCCAGAAAUUCGGUCAGGCUCGGGCACAUGAACGGUCGACCACGCUUCAGUGGUUAUAUGAGCAGGAUACUAUGGACCUCAUGUGGAAAGGAGGAUCAAAGUUCUUUACAGAGGAUCAGUUUCCAAUUGCCCCUUCCGUGAAUCCUGCCAUAAACUUUCAGCAUGGAGUCAAUCUUAUUCAAGGUUAG